CAUGCGUCGUUCCUGCCCACUCAAAAUAAAAAUAAAACACAAAGAACUUGACGAAAUAUCGUAAAAAAUGGCAGAGUUUUUUUGAUAAUUUUUUAAAGCAAUUCCCCAUAUUGAGUAGCUAGAUGUUCAAGUUGAUUUAGUUAGAGUCUAAGUCUCUUAUUUAUGGGAGUUUGCUGCUGUAAAUCUCACGAUAACUUUGGASAAGAUCAUAAUGAUGGCGAAGAGGUGAACUCUCCAGAGAGACGAAGAUAUGGUCGGAAAAGACCACAAAACCUUGGUGGGACUGACUCCCUCGUCCUUGAAGCUCURACUGCUCUACGAAAGCUAGCAGAUAGUGAUGAGGAACCACCAGAAUGCAUGAUAGUCUUGCAUUACUUGGCAGAAGAAGAUGAUGGAUGGCUAACAAUCGUCAAGUCUUGUAUUUUUGCGAUUCCAUUAGAGGACUCCCUUGGUACUGCGRUCUUGUCAUUUCUGCUUGACGAGUGCCCUUUGCCUACCAAGGAUGGUAUCAAUUCCCUGAUAACUAGAUUAGAUCUGUCCAAAGAUACUACMCUUCUUAAACUUGAAACCAAGAUGGAUACCAGAGAGAGUCCACUGACACCUGCUAUAUGCCGCAACCUGGCCGUGGUACUUGCUUGUCUAGCAGACAAAUUGGCUGGUCCAAUGAGUAUUGCAUUACUUAGUCCAGGAAACUUAGAAUUUCUUCUUGAACGAUUGAAUGUGAAAGAACACCCAGCUGUUAUCUUAUUUUCAAUAUUAGCACUGGAAAAAUUUGCCCAAACAAGUGAAAAUAUGAAGACUAUUAAAGAGACUGAYAUAGCAGAAAGACUGUUGGUCAUCGAAAAGGAAUUUCUUAAGAGUAUCAACCUGCUGGAGCACCAAGCUGGCUUCUGUGCUCAGUGGUGUUUAGACAAUUCAUUUAAAUACCCUGGUCGCGUAUUCUCCUAUAAAAAUGUAGAUGUUAGUGAUAUAAAAGCCAUGCUGAAUAGUAAUGACGUCAGUGAAUAUCUUAAGAUAUCCCCCACAGGACUAGAGGUAUGUUAUAUUAUGCUUUUAGUAAAAAUACACAGAUUCCAGGAAGGUUAUGGUAUUGGUGAUGAUGAGUGUUCUUAUGCAUAUGAUGGUUGUAGGCAAUUGAUAUGGUACAAUUCAGGAAUUUGGGAUGUAUUAGGUCUUCUUUUGGAUCUUGAUCGACGGAAAAUACAAUUUUCACUUAAUGGUUAUUACUUUGAAAAAGACUUCAAGCCAGCACUCUCCAAGUCUGGAUUCUUUGCAGCAGCUAGCUUCAUGUCUUUCCAACACUGUAUUUUUAACUUUGGAUCAGAACCUUUUAAAUAUCCCCCUUGUACAGUYCCUUUCAAGUGUUUUAAUGAUUACGCUAUUCUGACUGAAGAAGAUAAAAUCAUACUACCAAAACAUAUCAGGAUGGCUGCCAUGAAAACAGAAAGCAUCUUAGGGGACCCAUGUAAAAUAUGUUUUGAAAAAGUUAUUGACACCAUACUGUUACCAUGCCAACACAGGGAUUUAUGUAUGACCUGUGCGCUGAAGGUUGAACACUGUCCCAUUUGCCGUCAACAUAUAUCCAAGAGAAUACCAAAAUCAGAGUCAUAAUGAUGCAACUUCAAAACAGAUAAAAUUUAAAAUAACACARCAAUUUGUAAAUAAAUGUCACACGAAGAAGACAAAAAUAGCACAGCUGUUGCACAAGUGUAAACACUAUAGACAUCACACUAUUUCGUGCAAAGUAAAUUUCGCACUGUUGCACUACCUGUCAACCAUUGCAACAGGAUCAAUGAAAAACUUAUGAAACUUAUGGUAAUCAGAAAGUGAUUAUUUAUGUGAUUUUAAUCAAACUUUGAAAUGACCUUUGAGCUGAACUGAUUGAAGUCAGGACACAGCUAAAACACAACAAACACUGCCUUGAGUAAUGCCUGUCCUGUUUCACACAUAUUUAGGUAUUUAUCUAGGAAACACUUUAUCUGUCAACCACUAAUAGUACUACCACAGGAUCAAUGAAAAUAGGGAAUUUAUGGUGAUUAGAACUUGAAUAUUUAUGUGAUUUUAUCAAACUUUGAAACAACCUUUAAACUGAUUGAAGUCAGGACAGGAAUGUCUCUCCUAUUCUUAACAUGCUUCUCUUACAAAACCUAGGAAAACUAUUGAGUUCAAUAUGGAGUUACUCUGGGUUCCAGAGGGAUUUUCAGUGAAUCCGUGGAAAAAUCUAACCCAGGGUAAUAUGGAGUUUUAUAUGGAGUUGGGUCAUGGUAAAAAUCAAAUAUGAUGUUAGAUACUAAGUCUAAGUUUUAAAUAUUAUGAGUUAUAGUGAGGACACUCAAACCGYUAACAAACCUGAGUUUUUUGUCACUUUUUAAAAAUGCACAUAACUUACUGUAAAUCAUCCCUUGAGCCAAUUAACUGGAAAUAAGAUUUGACCUCGGUGCUUUAUUUUAGAGUUUGAAACAGUAGAAAAUUCAUGUAAUAAUAAUAAUAAUAAUGGUUACUAAGUAGUUUAGAUUCUAGUGGAAUUUGCAACAAAUUACAUAAGAUAUAGUUUUAUGUUGUUGUUGAAGAUUGUACCGGCCUUAGUAUAAAGUUGGGGAAGUUGGGGGUAAUUUUUGUAAUCCUGAUUUAAAAUUUUYAUACUAAGAAUUAGCAAAUGUAAAUAUAUUUGAAUAAAGCAAAUGAAUAAAA